GUCUCUCAUUGGGUGGAAAUCGGGUGGAAAGACUGAAACUCGCGGUAUUCCAGCUAUGUUGCAGUGCUUGUGGCUGAAAGAGAACACGAAGGACGUCCCCUCUCCAAUCUCCAUCCUGGUAUCCUGAUCAAUCCCGUCGUUACUCCCAUUGUCAAUCUCAGUUCCUCAUCGGGACACGUUUGUUAACUCAAGAGUCCCAGUCCCUGGAAUCAAACAAGAUGACUGACCGAAAAGCCGUGAUCAAGAAUGCGGACAUGUCCGAAGAAAUGCAACAGGACGCCGUGGAUUGCGCCACGCAAGCCUUGGAAAAAUACAACAUUGAGAAGGACAUUGCUGCCUACAUCAAGAAGGAGUUCGACAAGAAGUACAACCCCACUUGGCAUUGCAUUGUGGGGCGGAACUUUGGCAGCUACGUCACCCAUGAGACCCGGCACUUUAUUUACUUCUAUCUGGGCCAAGUAGCUAUUCUGCUCUUUAAGAGCGGGUAGAUGUCUGCCCCGCCUCCCUCCCCCUUUCCCUCAUUCCUUUCCCUCGUUCCUUUCCUUCCUCCUUUCCACCCCCCUUGAAAACAAACUCUGGUUUUCUCUCUCUCUCUUUAUAUAUAUAUAAUCGAAAUUACCACGCCAUGUUAACCAACACAAUAAUAUUGGAAUUAUUCCUGUAGUUCUGCUGAUGUUAUUCGUUGAUUGUAAUCCCCAACUCAUUUCUUUGGUCGCUUUCUUUAAAGACCGACCUCCACAAUAUCUGCAAGACUAAUACCUACCUGACGGUCUUUUUUUUAGAGCCUACUUCUGUUUGGUUUAAAUUUAAAACAAUGACUUCCCGAGUAUCUACUGGGGGGGGGGAGGGGGGGUCUUGGACAUUAUUGAUGAGAAUUAACCGGACUCUUAGGGCCCACUCCGACAUUAGAGUUUAUGAUCAUUUCUGAAGAAUCCUCCCAAGAUCUGUAACUUCAACUGUCCCCACCUCCGGGAAAGAUUCGGCAAUUCAUUCCCGUUAUGUGAUAAAAGUGCGUUCCUGAGAAAAUUAAAUGAAGUAAUAAACACAACAAACGAUUUUACAAAA